UUUUUAAUAAUAAUACCCUAAUCCAUGCAGUAUUGUGCUUAGUUGACAGCCUCUUCUGUUUUGUGAAAGCGACAAGGAGAGAAAACAAAGCUGUCAAGCUCCUCUUCCUCUGUGUCUCCAACGUGCUACUAUUUCUUAACCAUUUAAGCUCAUCGUAUCCGCGAAAAGAAUUAAACAACUGUGCAAUGUGGAAGUUGAAGAUCGGCGCAGAGACAGUCAGAGGAGAUGGUGGUGGCGGCGGCGGCAGUGAAAGAUGGCUGAGGAGUUUGAACAAUCACAUGGGACGCCAAGUGUGGGAGUUCCAUCCAGAGCUCGGCACCCAAGAAGAGCUUCACCAGAUCGACAAUGCUCGCCGGGGUUUCUGGGAGCGCCGCUUCGAGAAGCGGCACAGCUCCGACCUCCUCAUGCGGAUUCAGUUUGCAAAGGAGAACCCAUCUUUUGUAAAUAUACCGCAAGUCAAAAUUAACGAUACAGAAGAGGUCAGAGAGGAGGCAGUAAGUAUGACCUUACGAAGGGCCAUCAAUUUCUACUCAACAAUCCAGGCAGAUGAUGGUCAUUGGCCGGGGGAUUAUGGGGGUCCCAUGUUUCUAAUUCCUGGUUUGGUGAUUACCCUUUCAAUUACUGGAACUCUGAAUGGCGUCUUAUCAAAAGAACAUCAAUGUGAGAUCUGCAGAUAUCUCUACAAUCAUCAGAAUGAAGAUGGGGGUUGGGGUCUACAUAUUGAAGGCCCAAGCACCAUGUUUGGUACUGCACUAAAUUAUGUUACUUUGAGAUUGCUUGGUGAACCUGAGGAUGGACUGGGGGCAGUGGAGAAAGCACGGAAGUGGAUCUUGGAUCAUGGUGGUGCAACUGCAAUCACUUCAUGGGGGAAAAUGUGGCUUUCAGUACUUGGUGUGUACGAAUGGUCUGGGAAUAAUCCACUGCUGCCAGAAGUAUGGCUUUGCCCUUACCUUCUCCCAUGUCAUCCAGGAAGGAUGUGGUGUCAUUGCCGGAUGGUGUAUUUGCCCAUGUCAUAUUUAUAUGGUAAAAGGUUUGUUGGUCCUAUCACAUCCACAAUCCAAUCUUUGAGAAAAGAGCUUUAUACAGUCCCUUAUCAUGAAAUCGAUUGGAAUAAGGCUCGUAGUGAUUGUGCAAAGGAAGAUCUAUACUACCCACAUCCGCUGGUUCAGGAUAUCCUCUGGGCAUCUCUUUACUAUGCAUAUGAACCUAUUUUUAUGUGUUGGCCUGCAAAAAGAUUGAGAGAGAAAGCUCUGCACACUGUGAUGCAACAUAUCCACUAUGAAGAUGAAAAUACACGGUAUAUAUGCAUAGGGCCUGUCAAUAAGGUGUUAAAUAUGCUUUGUUGUUGGGCAGAGGAUCCCAACUCAGAGGAAUUCAAAUUGCAUCUUCCAAGAAUCUUUGAUUAUUUGUGGAUUGCCGAGGAUGGCAUGAAAAUGCAGGGAUAUAAUGGAAGUCAAUUAUGGGAUACUGCUUUUGCUGUUGAAGCAAUUAUAUCAACUAAUCUUGCUGAAGAAUAUGGACAAACUUUAAGAAAAGCACACGAGUACAUAAAGGAUUCCCAGGUCAUAGAAGAUUGUCCAGGAGAUCUAAAUUUCUGGUAUCGUCACAUUUCAAAGGGUGCUUGGCCAUUCUCAACUGCGGAUCAUGGAUGGCCUAUUUCGGACUGUACAGCGGAAGGAUUGAAGGCUGUUAUAUUACUAUCAAAAUUUCCAUCAGAAACAGUCGGGAAAUCGGUAGAUGUGAAGCGGUUAUAUGAUGCUGUAUAUGUUAUCCUUUCCUUACAGAAUACUGAUGGUGGCUUUGCAACUUAUGAAUUGACCAGAUCCUACCACUGGUUGGAGCUAAUCAAUCCUGCUGAAACCUUUGGUGAUAUUGUCAUUGAUUACCCAUAUGUUGAAUGUACAUCAGCAGCAAUUCAAGCACUGACAUUAUUCAAGAAAUUAUAUCCUGGGCAUAGGAGGGAAGAAAUAGAAAAUUGUAUUGCUAAAGCUGCAGAGUUUAUUGAAAAAAUACAAGCAUCAGAUGGCUCUUGGUAUGGAUCCUGGGGUGUCUGUUUCACCUAUGCUGGGUGGUUUGGGAUAAAGGGGUUGGUUGCUGCCGGAAGGACUUACAAGAAUUGUUCUAGCAUCCACAAGGCAUGCGAUUAUCUGUUGUCCAAAGAGCUUGCUUCAGGUGGUUGGGGAGAAAGUUACCUAUCCUGUCAGGACAAGGUGUAUACCAAUCUCAAAGAGAAUAGGCCACAUAUAGUCAAUACUGGAUGGGCUAUGUUGGCCCUCAUUGAUGCUGGGCAGGCUGAGAGAAAUCCAACCCCGUUGCACCGUGCGGCAAGAAUACUAAUAAAUUCUCAAAUGGAGAACGGAGAUUUUCCUCAAGAGGAGAUUAUGGGAGUUUUCAACAAGAAUUGUAUGAUCAGCUAUUCUGCGUACCGAAACAUUUUUCCUAUAUGGGCGCUUGGGGAAUAUCGUUGUCGGGUGUUGAAGGCCCUCUGAAUGAUGUCAUUCUUACUAUUGCUUUCAAAGAGUAUUUUUCUAAAUCUUCUGUGUUCAUAUAUUGUUAAGGCUGUGUAACUCAACUCUUAACUGUUUGAACUCUAAUGAAUAGAAUGUUACAUUCUUCAUGUUUUCUCAAA